AUUGUUCAUUUCAAUGCCUUCAUCAAAAAGGCACGAACUGCGUAAAUUGCCAGUGACUUUAAUCGCUACGCGUGUUCAAGCUUCUGUAGUAUGAAUUGUUUGCCCCAAUUCUUGGCGCUUACGCGAUAAACUAAUCGAUUAGUCGUAUAAUUCGUGUCGCAAAACCGCUCCCCUUUGACAUUACACUCGAGAUGGUUCGAUAGUAUCGAGGUUUUUUGGCAGGUCGAAAGAAAGAUGUCCCUCUAUGGUAGAUUAGAAUGUUAUUAGUCAUUCAAUGUCGUGUUUGUAAGUAAAUAUCAGCUGAAUGCGUAGAGAAAAACGUAACGUGAUUCCGUGACAGCGCGUAACGGACGUAACUGUCGGACAUAGAUCAAUCAAAGAAAUCAACGUCAAAAAUGGGCCUUUUCCAGACCUCCUCGCCUUUCGACGCUGACGUCGAGAAAGCAACCAGUGAGAAGAAUAUAUCUAUAGAAUGGGGAAAUAUGUUGGAUAUUUGUGACAAAGUGGGAACUUCUACCCAAAAUGCAAAGGAUUGUUUAAGAUCAAUUACUAAAAGACUAAAUUCUCCAGAUCCACAUAUUGUUAUGCAAGCAUUAACAUUGUUAGAUGUGUGUGUCAUCAAUUGUGGAAAAACGUUUCACCUAGAAAUUGCAUCAAGAGACUUUGAGAAUGAGUUGAAAAAGCUUAUUCAUCAUUCUGAACCAAAGAUCGCUGAAAAAAUGAGAGAACUUUUGAAAAAAUGGGCUGAGAAUGAUUUCAAAACUGAUCCUCAGCUGAAUUUAAUUCCAAGUUUCUACAACAAACUCAAACAUGAAGGAUAUGAUUUUACUUCUACAUCAGAUACACCUAAACGUACAAGUAUACUAAGUAAAGAUCCAAAUGUAGUAACAAAUUCACAAGAAGAGGAAGAUAUCGCAAAAGCCAUAGAACUUUCUCUUAAAGAAAGUAAAGCUCAUAGUCAAGCAUCUUCCUCGCAUAGUUCACCAGCAUCCAAUAAAUACACCAGUUUAUAUCCUAAUGUAAGUUCUGCCCUUGGUGCCUCCAGCAGUUCAGAAGGCAGAAAAGUUCGUGCUCUGUAUGAUUUUGAGGCAGCAGAAGAUAAUGAAUUAACAUUUUUUGCAGGAGAAAUAAUUAACAUUUUGGAUGAUUCUGACCCAAACUGGUGGAAAGGCAGUAACCAAACAGGAGAAGGACUAUUUCCUUCUAACUUUGUUACUGCAGAUUUGUCUAUGGAGCCUGAACAGUUUACAAAAUUAGAACACAGUAACAAAAAAAUGGUUCAAUUCGCUGAAGAAGUAGAAGUAAAAACGGUAAAGAGGGAACCAGAAGUGGUUGAAGUUGAAAUAGAUGAAAGAAAAAUGGACAGACUUUUACAUUUACUACAUGAAGCUGAUCCUCAGUGUGAUAAUUCGGAUCCACAAGAAAUGCUUGAUUUAGAAGAACAAGUUACGGCUAUGGGACCGUUGAUAGAUGCAGCUUUAGAAAAAGUAGACAGGAGGCAUGCACAGCUAACUCAAUUAAGUUCUGAUUUGGUGGAUGCUCUUAAUUUGUAUCAUACAUUGAUGCGAGAACCUCCACCUCCUACACCAACAAAUUACACUCUACCCAAGAUGCCACCUCACAUAAACCCUUAUCAGUUUCAAAAUCAGGGACCACCACCUCCGCAUAUAUUUAAUGGAAUACCUCCACCUCAUCAAACUUCCUUCCCUGUUGGAAGUGGUCCGUCUGGGCCUUACAAUGCAACUAUGCCACCUAGUGAAUAUAUGGGUCCUGCAAGCAUGCCAAACAUGACAUUAUCACAACAUUUUCACGUGCAACCAACGGGUCCGCAUCAGCAUCCAUCAGUACAUCCUCAGGGUCCACCAGUGCCAGAACAAAGCAAUAUACCUUACUCUCAGCAAGGAUAUCCAUCUCAAACUGGUCCUAUGCCAGGACCAUAUGGUCCACCAGGACCAACAGGACCUCCGGUAAGCCAACAACCUCAGUAUGCUCCCUCAAAUGGGCAACACAUGAUGUAAAGGAAUACUACGUGUUUCAAAUCAUCCUGUACUGUAACUCAAAGCUAUACAAUAUUACUAUUAUAAUUAUUUAAAUAAACAUCAAAGUAGCCAAAGAUACUGGGUUUUUGAUGGAAGUUUUGCAUUCAAAACUUAUUGUGUAAGCUUAUUACGUAGGCACAUACACGAUAAAAUAAUUAAAAAAUGAAUUAUUUUAAAAAAAAGCAUCUUUGUAUCGGUCUCGUGAUUCAAAUUCAAUCAAUACAUUCCUUUGAUUCAUUAGUAAUCAACUAUUUUGUUUCGUGUUUCAACAUGAAUAUAACGAUCUCGUUAUAUUCAUAAAGUAUUGAAGUAAAAAAUAAUACAAAGAAAAGGGAAAAAAAGGAAAAAUAUAUUAAAUUAUAGAAUUGUCGAUUCAUAGAUACUGAUAUAUAAUUUUUAAUCUUACGUCGAAAUUAUAUCGCGUAACAGUUUAUUAUAUAUACUUAUUUAUAAUACGUUGUAUAAAGUUUAUCAUAUGUUUGUAAUAAGUUCUAACGAAAACUGCACCGUCGUUUAACGUGUAAUUGAAAUAGUACACGAAACUGUACACGACAAAAUGGUGGAGACUGUAAUUGAAUGCAUGACCGUAUUUUAUAGUUUUUUACUAUCAUUCAUUCUUAACAAAUAACAACUGUAAAAGAGCCUUGAAAUACGAUUGUUAAACUAUGAAAUUCCUUUUCUUAAAUUAAAAAAAAAAGGAAAAAGUAAGAGAAAAAGAUAAAUAAUCAUAGUAGCUUUGAAAGAAGCAACUCGAAUUAAAUAUUGUCGAAAUAUAAAAAAUUUAAGAACAAUUAUCACGACAAGACGUCUAAACUUGGUCUAGUCUGUCCACUGUGUAUAAUAAAACAUAUUUCCUAUUAAUUGCUUAUCGAGCGAUCUGCGAGGAAGUUUUUAUGAAUUGUUAACGCAUAAUACUCGCAUAUAGUUACGUUCAUACCGUCGUAAUGGCGACCCUGUCUGUGUUAAAAAAAAAAAAAGAAGAACCGAAAAACAAGAAAAACAUGUGAAAGGAAGAAAAACGACUGUAUUCUUUUAAACUUACAUUAAACUAAGAUUUUAAAAUUAGGAUAAUACGAUUCUCAAGGAUUUCUUUAAUAGGCCUUUAUUUUUAAGAUAUUUAUAAAUGAAAUUUAUAUUUCAAAGUUAAAAGAUGAUAAUAGUAACAUUUAUAGGCCAAGAAGAAGUCUUAGUAGAUCAACGAAUCACUGUUAGAAUGUAAUUUCAGAUUUGUUGAAGUACAAAGAUGAGGGUCUAUUGCGGAAAAUAAUAAACCCAAUAAAUCAUCAAAGUUACUUUUUACAUACCGUAGAAAAUAAUACUUCAUACAAAUCAUUCGCAAAUGAAAAGGAAUAUGUUAAAUUAGUAGGAUUCUAACUCAAGAAAUUGAGAUUUUUUUAUAAUAUUUGUUCAUAUGAAUUUCUUAUACAUUAUAUUAACUUUAAAAUAGUAAAAUGUAUAUAAUUCUAUAUUUGAAAUUUGUAUAUUAAUUACUAUGCUUAUUUGAUUUCAAGUAAUUUAUAUUUCUUAUCAACUAAGUAAAAUAACUAAUUGUAAAUUGAAUUGUUUCUUUUCAUGUAUAUUAUGCUUUCAAUUCAGCUUUCUUGAUAACUUACUUUUUCUAAUUUCUUAUUAGUUAAUAACUAACAAAUACCCAUGUACACACAUCUAAAAAAUAAAUUGUUAAUAAGUUUGAAGGGGUUUAAUUCAGUUGAAAUAAUCUCGAAAUUUAAUAUAACUUAAAGGAACUGCUCUGUAACUUUGUAAUUAAAAAUUAAACACAUUUGAUGAAUUAUAAGGUAUAACGUUUCUCUAUUUAAUGAAUAUUGUAAUAAGUUAUACUCCUUAUAAAAUUUAUAAUCAUUCACAUUCCUAAAUUUUAAGUUUUCUUAAGUCGUUGUCUGUAUUAUUUAUCUAUAUAUUGAAAAAGGCAAUUCUAAGAAAAAAUUGCAAUAAUCUUUAACUUUUUAUUUUCUAUCAUUUCUCAAGUUUCACUUGGGACACUGAGCAGCUUCUUUAACGUUUCUUAGAAAAGACAGGGCGCAUUGAUACGAUAGUAUAUAGCAAUAUAUACUUGGCCGACAGAAAUUUAAAGGAAGCGAAAUAAAUUGUCGGUAACGUGUAGAAAGCGUAAAAAAAGAAAAACAAAAUAGGAUUGUGUAAAAAUCUUGUAAAGCAUUGUCAGUAAAAAGAAGCUAAGUCAAAUACAGAUAUACUAAGCGGAAGAAAAAAAUUAAAGAAGGAAAGGGAGAAACGUAUUACUCUUUUGUAACUAUGCUUUGUACAGUAAUUACAAAAUUGCGUACUGUACUUUGUAUAUGUACCUAGCGAAAAAAAAGAGAAUGAGAGAGAGAGAGAGACAAAAGAGACAUAGAAAGUGAAUAGGUCUUAUAAAAAAAAAAAACAAAAAAAAAAGAUAGAUGUAAUUACAUUGUAUAUGUUACGUUGCCAUUAAACUCAUUAUUUACGUAAA